CCCAGCACGAUACACAGCACCACACCCAGCACCUCACACAGCACGACAUCCAGCACCACACCCAGCACCAAACCCAGCGCCACACCCAGCACCACAUCCAGCACCAGACCCAGCACCAAACCCAUCACCACACUCAGCACCACACCCAACACCAUACCCAGCACCCCACCAAGAACCACACCUAUCACCACACCAAGCGCCACAUCCAGCACCACACCCAGCACCACAUCCAGCAACACACCCAGUCCCAAACCCAGCACCACACCUAGCACCACACCAGGCAUCACACCCAGCGCCAUACCCAACACCAAACCAAUCACAACACCAAGUACCACACAAAUCACCACACCUAGCACCACACCCAGCACCAUACCCCACCAGACCCAGCACCACACCCUGCACCACACCCAGAACCACACCCAGCACCACACCCUCACCACACCCAGCACCUCACACAGCACGACAUCCAGCACCACACCCAGCGCCAUACCGAGCACCACACCCAGCACCACACCCAGCUCUGCACCACACCCUGCACUUCAAACCACACCCAACACCACACCCAGCACCACACCCAGCAUCAUACCAAUGACAACACCAAAUACCAUCACCAGCACCAUAUCUAGCACCAGACCCUGCACCACACCAACCACCACACACAGCACCACACACAGCACCACACCCAACACCAGACCCAGCAUCAUACCAAGCAUCACACCGAGCGCCAUACCCAACACCAAACCAAUCACAACACCAAGUACCACACAAAUCACCACACCUAGCACCACACCCAGCACCAUACUAAUAACAACACCAAUCAAGCUUGCAACAAUAGAUGAAAAUGCUGAUAACUUUGGACCGCAGUAUAAAGAAUAA